UAUAUUCUGUGCGCACAAGACACAAACAAAUAAAUCUGUUUGACAUUUGUGUCUUGGAAAAAUGUGUUAAAGUGUAAAAUUAGUAUUUAUUUUUGUUAAAGCAUGUUAAAAAUAUAUAAACUUGACGAUGUUGAUUUUAAAGAGGCUCUUUCCAGCCUACCUUUUGGAGAACAUGUUAUAGGACGAGGUCCACUAUUAAAAGUAAAUGAUAAAAGAAUAUCAAGAAAUCAUGCAGUAAUAAAGUAUAAUGGAAAAGCUACAAUAACAGCCUUGCAUAUAAAUCCAUGUUAUUUUAAAUCAGCACAAAGUAAAAGCAUGACAAUCUUGCCUUUAAAUAAGGACACCCCAUUAGCUGAUAGAGAUUGUUUUGCUUUGUUAACAGAAGAUAAUUUUUGGUUUAGAGUAAGACUUCUAGAAGAAAAUGUAGAUAAAAAGAAAAGUCCCAAAAUGGAAGAAACUAGUCUUGGAGUUAAAAGAGAGGCAGAUUCAGAUGAAGAAGAAUCUAGUAGUAAGAAGGCUAGAAUAACAGAUGAACAUCUGGAUACACUGUUGGGUAAUAUAAGUAGGAUUGUGCAGGAGAAUAAGGAAAAUACUGUUAAUAGUAAUGAAGAAAGUGGAUCUACAAGUAAAGUGAAGGAAGAAAAUGACGAGGCAAUGGCAGAAAAUAGUCCUGAAGAUAUAAGUAGAAAUACAAAUACAUCACAUACAAAUAAAGAAAUUGUUUCUGAUGAUGAGGAUGAUGAUAAUGAUCAUCAUGAUGUAAAUAUGGAUAGUGAUGAAGCAAGUGCAAGUAAAUUAAAGGAAGAAACUCCAGAUAAGAAAGUUUUAGUAAAUAAGAUAGAAGUUAAAAAUGAACCAACAACUGAACAGGAAAGAAGUAAAGAAAAUGAUAAUCCAAGUACAUCAACAAAUAAUAAUGACAAUGGUACAAAUAAUGAUAAAAAUAAACAAAAAGAUGAUAAUAAAUCAUCAACCAGCAAACCAAGAAGAGAAAGAUGUUGGUAUGGGACAAAAUGCUUUAGAAAAAAUCCGCAACACAAGGCGGAUUUCAGUCAUCAGGGGGACGACGAUUACGACAGCGACCCUGAGGAUGACAGGCCGGUUUGCAGUUUUGGCGCAGCGUGUUACAGGCGUAAUCUAGAACACCGCAGGCAGCACAGACACCCAAAUAGACCCGCAGCGCGACCUACUGGCGGUAAUGUUAAUAUUGUUUUUACCAGACAUGGUUGUCAGUUUUGCAAGCAUUGUAAUAGUAAUACUAAUAAUAAUCGAAAGCCGGGAUAUGAAAGUGAUUAGGAACUAAAAAUUUAUUUUACAUACUUUUUCUUAACCUUCCCCCCCAAAAAAACGUGACCGUCCAAAAAAACCAAAGCCAAAAACAAACGACGAUAGCUCCGAGGACGAAUACGAUUUGGAAGAUCCGUUUAUCGACAACUCUGAGGAAGAAUAUGUUCUAUCAACUGAUGGUGAAGAUUCCGACUGGGAAGAUUCUCAAGAAGUCAAAGAGGACAGCCAGGAAAACAGAAGAUUAGUUAAGGAAGCAAAAAGAUUUACUAAAAAAAAAUAAAAUGUUUACAAUGUUAAUUGAAUUUUAAUAUUUAUCAAAAUAAAGUCUUAUUAUGUAUUUUUACAGAA